AUGGAAGCAAUUAUGGAGGUUGUUCGUCACCUGGCGGCAUCCAACUCACUGCCGUCAGCCGUUGAGACACCAAUUGUGCAACGAGUUUGCACAUUGGCUGGUUAUGACGAGCUGACGACAAGAGUGUCGGACACGUCAUACAGGCGAAAUUUGGUAAACAGUGUUCGUUAUUAAUAAUAACCAAAUUCAGGUUGCCUACCUAUCAACCAUGGGGGGUGACACUGUUUCGGCCUUUGCCGAACGACUAUUUUUCACCAUUUUUUCUGAGGACGUGGCCGGGUAUACCAGGCUUUCUUCCGUAAAAAGUGAGGAACUCGGCCACGUCCUCUGA